ACAUGGCACAGCCUGUCCCAUGCCCCUGCUUAUCUCCUUCGGAGAGAAGGAGUUGAGGCAUUUAGAGCAAAUCUUAUUGGUAAAGCCGUGUGUAUAUUGCUGUGUUUGUUUUUGUUUUUUUUUAAGAACCAUUUCCUUUCUGUUUUAACCAUAUUACUGUGUCUGCAGUUUGUUAGCAGAGCAGCUUUCCUUUUUGAUAAUUUAGAAGUGUACCUUCAUCUUUGAAAAAAGACAUGCUUGAUCAGGUAGUUCAAUUUUAAGAUGUUUUACUUAGAAGAUGAUAGUGAAGAUGAAGAGAAGGUUCAUGAAGGCUUACUAAGUAAAACUGAAGAUGUUUACCAUGGAAAGGCCCCUGCUGGUAUCUUGUCUCAAACCAUGAAUUAUAUGGGACAGCUGGCCGGGCAGGUGAUUGUCACUGUGAAGGAGCUCUACAAAGGCAUUAACCAAGCCACCCUGUCUGGGUGCAUCGAUGUCAUUGUGGUCCGGCAGCAGGAUGGCACCUAUCAGUGUUCACCUUUUCACGUUCGGUUUGGGAAGCUGGGAGUCCUGAGAUCCAAAGAGAAAGUGAUUGAUAUAGAAAUCAACGGCGAUGCAGUGGAUCUUCACAUGAAAUUGGGUGACAAUGGAGAAGCUUUCUUUGUGGAGGAGACUGAAGAGGAAUUUGAAAAACUUCCUGCUUACCUUGCCACUUCACCAAUUCCUACCGAAGAUCAGUUCUUUAAAGAUAUUGACUCCCUUUUGGUGAAAUCAGGUGGAAAUGAAAGACCAUCUCAGAGUUCCGACAUCUCACAAAUCUUGGAAACAGAGACAGUUUUCACUCCAAGUUCUGUGAAAAAGAAAAAACGAAGGAGAAAAAAAUGCAAACAGGACAGUAAGAAGGAAGAGCAGGCCGCUUCCCCUGCUGUAGAAGACACCAUGGAUGUGGACCUGAGCUCUGACGAUGACAAGGGGGCGCAGUCAGCAAGAGGAUCUUCAAAUGCUUCCUUAAAGGAAGAAGAAUAUAAGGAACCUCUGUUCUUCCAUUCUGGAGAUCAUUACCCCUUAUCUGAUGGCGAUUGGUCACCUUUGGACAACCCUUAUUCCCCGGCAGCAUGUCCUAAGAGUGAUUCAGAGCUGGAGGUAAAACCCACUGAGAGCCUGCUCAGAUCCGAGUCCCACAUGGAGUGGACAUGGGGAGGAUUCCCAGAGUCCACCAAGGUCAGUAAAAGAGACAGAUCUGAACAUCCUAGGACAGCUACGAUUACACCAUCAGAAAAUACCCAUUUUCGGGUAAUUCCCAAUGAGGACAACCUCAUAAAUGAAACUGAGAAGGGUGCUUCCAUGGAAGAAACGGUCUGUACCAUAGUGAAACCCAAACCCAGAGCCCUGUGUAAGCUGAUGAGCGAUGCAUCUUCCGCUGCAGAACUUCUCGAGCCUCCCCUUGAGCCUCAGAUUUCAUCUAUGUUAGAUGCAGACCACCUUCCUAACCCACCAUUAGCAGAGGUUCCCUCAGAAUCAAAACCAACAGCUAAAGUAGACUCGCCAUCAAAAAAAAAAGGUGUGCAUAAGAGAAGCCAGCACCAGGGACCUGAUGACAUUUACCUCGAUGACUUAAAUGCUCUAGAACCUGAAGUUGCAGCUCUCUAUUUCCCUAAAAGUGAAUCGGACCCCAGCUCCAGACAGUGGCCCGAGUCUGACACACUCUCUGGCUCCCAGUCCCCACAGUCCGUGGGAAGUGCCGCUGCCGAUAGCGGCACCGAGUGCCUCUCGGAUUCUGCCAUGGACUUGCCGGACGUCACCCUCUCCCUUUGUGGGGGCCUCAGUGAGAAUGGAGAAAUAUCUAAAGAAAAAUUCAUGGAGCAUAUCAUUACUUAUCAUGAAUUUGCAGAGAACCCUGGACUUAUAGACAAUCCUAACCUUGUAAUACGGAUAUACAAUCGUUACUAUAACUGGGCUUUGGCCGCUCCCAUGAUACUUAGCUUACAAGUAUUCCAGAAGAGUUUGCCUAAGGCCACAGUGGAGUCCUGGGUCAAAGAUAAGAUGCCAAAGAAAUCUGGUCGCUGGUGGUUUUGGCGUAAGAGAGAGAGCAUGAUCAAACAGCUGCCAGAGGCCAAUGAAGGGAAAUCUAAGGUGCCACCAACCAGUGACCUGCCGUCCAGCACAAAGGAGCCAGCCAGUGGCAGGCCGGCCGAGGAUGACUCAUCCAGUGACGAGGGGUCACAGGAGCUUGAAGAGUCAAUCAAAGUGGACCCCAUCCCCAUGGAACCCCCAAGCCACAGCAGCACAACCUCGUAUAAGAAGUCUCUUCGCCUCUCCUCGGACCAGAUCGCAAAACUGAAGCUUCAAGAUGGCCCAAAUGAUGUUGUGUUUAGUAUUACAACCCAGUAUCAAGGUACCUGCCGCUGUGCAGGGACCAUUUACCUGUGGAACUGGAAUGACAAGGUCAUCAUUUCUGAUAUUGACGGCACAAUAACCAAGUCUGAUGCCUUGGGACAAAUUCUUCCACAGCUGGGUAAAGACUGGACUCAUCAGGGUAUCGCAAAGCUCUACCAUUCCAUCAACGAGAACGGCUACAAGUUUCUGUACUGCUCCGCCCGUGCCAUCGGCAUGGCCGACAUGACCCGUGGCUACCUGCACUGGGUCAAUGACAAGGGCACGAUCUUGCCCCGGGGCCCUCUGAUGUUGUCCCCCAGCAGCUUGUUCUCUGCCUUCCACAGGGAAGUGAUAGAAAAGAAACCAGAGAAAUUCAAAAUUGAGUGUCUGAACGAUAUCAAGAAUCUGUUUGCCCCAUCUAAGCAGCCCUUCUAUGCUGCCUUUGGAAACCGUCCAAAUGAUGUAUAUGCUUACACACAAGUUGGCGUUCCAGACUGCAGAAUAUUCACUGUGAACCCCAAGGGUGAAUUAAUACAAGAAAGGACCAAAGGAAAUAAGUCAUCGUAUCACAGACUGAGUGAGCUCGUGGAGCACGUGUUCCCACUUCUCAAUAAGGAACAGAAUUCUGCCUUUCCAUGCCCGGAGUUCAGUUCCUUCUGCUACUGGCGAGACCCAAUCCCCAAAGUGGACCUGGAUGACCUGGCCUGAGGCUUCACCUCCAGGGGGAGGUCCUCAGUCGCUUGCCUUGCAGCAAGGGAAGGUGACCGGCACUUCUGCUGGACAGAGGACAUUGGGCUUCCCUCCCAGCCGCAGGUGCGGGACAAGACCCCUGUUGACAGCCAGGCACCAGCAGGGACUGGAAGAGCCCCUGGAGCUGGAACUGCCAUUUCCUUCACCCUCCUGGGCUCAGUGACGUUGCAACUCCGUGCCCCAGCAGAAGUGAGGGGAGCUCGGACCUGAAGUCGGAGGCCUGGGCUCCUGUCACAGGUUGUUCCACACACACGCUGUGUAGAGUUGUGUGCUGGGUGCUCUUUUAAUUGCAUAAUGUAGAAGGGAGGAAAAAGAAGCUAAGUAAGAGGGGACCAAAAUAUUGCACAAAGUAAAGUGUUAUAAUUUCAGCUGGGCAGUUGACAGUGUUUCUCUCUAAAACCAGGGCUCUCUUCAGGGGAUCAGGGUCCACCGAAACGCUCCAGGCGCAGUCAGUGAUGUUGGCUCCAGCCGCCUGCGCACGUUUCUUCGGUGGACUUCUUCCCUGUGCACUGAAGCGGGAUGGCUGCUGGGUGGGGCCCAGGCCACUCAUCCCAGCCCCACAGAUGUGGGCUCCUGGGGAAGAACACCCCUUAGGUCAUCGCCACCUCCUCUGUGACUGCUCCGUGAUGGAGACCCUUAAGUUAGGUCUUGAACCUAGCCAGAAGAAACAGCUUUGCAGGAUGUCUGUAGAAUAGGACUAACAGUGGGAGUUGGUUAAACAGCAAAGAACAGCUCUGUUUUCAGGGAGGCCUUGGAAAUGCAGAUGUGCACUUGCAGUGGCUCCUGUGGAGGGUCGUUUUCUCCAUCCUUCUGCCUGCAGCUCAGUUUCCCAACCUGGUUGUAAUGAGCUCAUGUCAGAGUCCAAGCAAACAGCACCAGGGAAAGGUUCUGUCUCCUAAGUCCCUCUAGAGCUGGGAGAGCUUGAAGAGAUCAGGCCGGGUGUUGACAAUCACCUCAGUACUAAAAUCAAGAGAACUGUUAGGAGACUUCCAGGGGAUCAGAGUGACCAAACACAGGCCUCUGGUGGUGAGAAAGCAGUGAGCCAAGUUCCAGAGCAGAAGCACCACCCCGCGCAGGACGGUUUCCAUGCCCACCUCUGCUUUCCUCUGUGCUUGUAUUGGGCUCUCCUUGUUUUAGUUUGCUCCACCCAAAAUAAUACUGAUGUAAAGAUGGAGAAAUUGGGCAGUUUUUUUUCCAGAUUGGAGAGUUGAAAGUCCCUGACUUAGCUCAGCCAUUUUUCCUAGUGCUGUUGGAUGCCAAGACCAUGGUGAGGGCCUUGAAUGCGGUUCUCAGUGGCAGAACCUGGAGGUGCAGUUCCCAGAAGGGGAACACACUUCCUCCAGGGCAAACCUUCCACCUCGCAUAGGUCAAGGCCUAAUUGUUUAAUGAAUUUAUUUAUGUACAGUAGGUUAGGGAAAUUAGGUUGUUUAUAUGAAGUUCUGCCCAGUUAGUGGAUUAAAUUCCUAAUAGAGUGUAGUUACUUUAAUACAUAGAUGCUGUCAGUGUAUCAGCCAUAUUUGCUUUAGAAGAACAUGAGCUUUAUGUGUUUAACCUGAGCUUAGUUGGGCCUUUUUGCAUAUGUGCAGUAUGGAAAAUCUGAAUAUACACCUUCUGUAGUCCUUUUUAGGUUGUCCUUUAAAGAGUUUUUGACUAGACAGUUUCUCUGGACAUGUGGGCCUUCCUGGGAACCCCUGUCUCCUGUCUCAGUGUCCAUAAGCACUAAACUUUGUCAUUUUGUCACUGCAGACUGAUCCAGUGAGUAUACACUAAUUAACGAGUCUUUUUCCUUAUUUAAAGGAGUCCCUCUUGCUGAAAAGUAGAUGAUUAUUACUAUAGUGUCAUGAAAGUAUUGUUUGUGCUGAAAAUCCAUUGCCAUUUGGUACAAAUGACAUGUGUUCUUUCUGUGAAAGAGAGAUGCCCUUGAGUGUGUUUGUACACAGACGCUUACAGUGUUGGGUGAGUGAAUGAAGAAGCACCAGCCUCAUGCUGCUUUUGGCAACGGACAGACAGUAUCUCGGGGAGACAGCAGGCAAACUGGGCUCUUCUCAGUCAUUCUCUCGGUUGCUUCACUGGUGAAAUGGUCACGGCCCCUUUUCCUCUUUCCAACUCAUCCUGACUUUAGUAUCUGCCUUGCUGUGUGCGUGCUAAGCUUGAGCGGCAUGGCAUCGGCUUCUGCACCUUCCCAGGUGUCAGGACAGGCACGUAUUGGGCCCACGUGCCCUGUGUGUGAGCUCUGUGUGCUGUGCUUAGACACAUCUGCAUAGUUUUCAACUGGAAAAACAAAACCUUACUACUGUGAUGUCCAAAAAUAAAAGCUGCUAACGGUCACAGGGAGAACAGCGAAGGGACAACAGCCCGUAAAUGACGGGAGGUACUUGAGCCCGUUCUGGAAGGUGCAGGCAAGACCUAAAACAGGUCAGGAGUAAACUUUUUCUCUUUUUGCAAGUUGAUGAAAACAGACUUUUCCAGGGAAUUUCAACAUCUUUUCAGUAUCAUGUUUACUCUGGGAAGCCUUGUUUUUCCCUAUUUUAGAGCAUGCUGGGUUUAAUGAAACAUUAAAAAUUGAAUUCUUGUUUCAACUAAGUGCUCUUUCCAGGUGAAAACUAUAUUUUUGUUUGUUUUGAAGGUAAGAAAGGGAGAGGGAAACUUCGCUCUUUUAAUUUAAUAAUUAUGGUCUAUGAUGAAGUAUUUGAUUAUUAGAUAGCAGUGCCAUUAAUAAGUUUUAAGUUAUCAGAAAUUAAUUGUAAACAUCACUCCAGUACUCUUAGUUAUGGCAGACAAUUGUCUUAAGAUAAAUGGCUCAUAUUUUGGUGCAGUGUUUGAUGUUCAAAACAAAAUGUUACAACAAUAAACAAACAUAAACUGAA